GAAUGAUUCUCAGAUAAUCCAACCAUGUCAGUACAAGUUGUGAUAGCACCUGCUGCCAUUGCUAGGGUUACCCGUUCGUCUUGGCAAGGCUGAUGAGUGGUGGCUCUACCGAUGGUGCAACUGCUGCCACCUGCACCAUGCAAGCCAUUGCACUGGAGAACCUCCAACUCCGCCUACGGAGACUUCUACGUCCGCGUUCCUGCCGAGUGCACCAACAACAACAACAACAAGGGCGUGGGUGCCGAAGCCUCCUCCAGCUCCAUCUCCAUCUCGAAGCCAUGCUCCUCCAGGUCCUUCAUUGUAGAUGGCUCCACUGCAAUAGCAGCAGCAGCAACAUCAACAACAGCAUCAACAAGGGCAGCGAUGAAGGAGGUGCAGGACAUGAAAGCAACGCUGGAGUGCCUGGAAAUGAAGCUCCGAUGCAAGACUCCCUCCAAAGCAGAUUCUAUUGUACCAUUGACUUCGAAUUCUGAUUUGGCCUUUUUUUCACCUAAAGAAGAAAAAUGCAAAAAUUCAAGUGUAAAUUGUACAUGGAAAUGCAAUCCAAAUGAUCUGAUCAACAAAAAUAAAUAUGACCAAAUUGAAAAACAUGUCUUCCAAUCCUCUCAUGAACCUAUAAAAACAAAAUGUAUUCAACUACCAAAACAAUUGAUACAUCCCAAGCCAUGGUCAAAAUCAUGUAUUAUUAGAGAAGAAGACAAUUUACUAUUAAGUGAAAUAAUUUGUAAUGAAAUUUCAGAUCCUUGUAGCAGUUUUAGCUCUUACAAAGGUUCAAAUAAAAAUGGUUCUACGAAAAGUAAACCCAAUAAAACCUUGCAGUUGAAUGCCAAGCAAAAGAUCAAAAAACUCAAAAAUAAGUCACCUGAAUGUUCAAAAAAAUUUCACUUCUCAAAAUAUUACGAAAUUUUUUCCAAAGGAUUUAAUCUAAAUGAUAUUUUUCAUGGAGAAUAUCAAUGCAUGUAUGAAAGUUACUUAGAAGAUAUUUUUCCACGUGUUGAAUCUCACCUGCUUUCAACUUUCGAAAACUGUUUUGCAACAAAUAAAAUCAAACCUCCACAGCAUAAACAAUGUCUAAAAAUAAGAAACAAAAAGGCCAAAGAUAAUAAGUUUAGCUCGGAUUUUAUUGUUUCUAGAAAUGAAAUUUCAAGUUCUUUUGGAAUUGAAAAUUUUAAUUCUAAGAAACUAAAUGACAGUAAAAUUCCAUCUAUUCUUGAAAAUAAAAAAGCCAACCUAUCAUCUUACUCACAAAGCACCCAAACAAUUCUUUUGAAGGAAGAAGAUAAAACAAACAUUCAACAAAUCUCAAAAAAAGAAAACAAUCUAAAUAUUCAAACAAGUUCCUCUCAACCACUUUUUUUCAAAGAUGAAGAUUUGAAACAAGGUGAUGAUAAAAGUAUAUUCAAACCUCAAUCACCUUGUGAAUUUGAUAAAGCACUUAGUCCAAAAGAUCAAGAUUUGGAACAAUAUGAUGAUAAAAUUUUAUUUGAACAUCAAUUACUUGGUGAAUUUGAUGUGCCAUUUGUUUUAGAUAAGAAAGAUUUGGAACAAGGCAAUGACCAAAAUUUAGUAAAACCUCAACUACCUUCUGAAUUUGAUAACUCAUUAGGUCCAAAACAUAAAGAUUUGGAACAAAUUGAAAAUAAAAGUUUAUUAAAUCCUCAAUUGUCUCAAGAGUUUUAUAAACCACUUUACUUGAAAAAUGGAGAUUUGAAACAAUAUAAUGAAGAAAAAUUAUUAAUGCACCAAUCACUUGGUGAAUUUAAUAAUCCAAUUCCUUCAAGUAAUCAAGAUUUAGAAGAAAGAAAUAAUAGAAAUUUAUUAACAUCCCAAUCACUUGGUGAAUCUCAUAAUCCAAUUUAUUCAAAAAAUAAAAAUUUGAAAGAAGAUAAAAAUAAAAAUUUGUUAAAUCCUCAUUCACCUCUAGGAUAUAAUAAUCAUCUUUGCUUGGUAAAUAAAAAUUCAAAACAAUUUGAUGAUAAAAUUUUGAUAAAACCUCAAAUACCUCGUGAAUUUUAUAAACCACCUUGCCCAACACAUGAAGAUCUGAAGCCCCAACCACCUCACAAAUUUGAUCAACCAACUUAUUUUAGAACUCGACAUUUGAAACAAAGUGUUGAAAAAGAUGUAAUAAAAUCUCAAUUAAUUUGUGAAUUUGGUAAAACACUUGGUAUAAGAAACCAAAAUAUUAGACAAUGUGAUAAUAAACAAUCACUAAAACCUCGAUUACUUUGUGAAUUUGAUGUUUUUUUGAGAAAAAACAAUUAUACAUGUGAUAAUUUGCCAAGCACUUCAAAUGCUUCCAUGAGUCUGGAUGAAGUAAAAAAAUGUGAGAACUGUGUAGAUGUUAAAUGUGAAAAAAGAGACUCGAGUUGUUAUUUGGAAACCAAAUUUGAACUUUUCAGAAAACAUUAAUCUUUAAAAAUGAUUUGGUUUAUUUACUUUCUCUUUAUAAACUUAGUCCUAAAGUAAAUGUGAUAAUAAUUUUUUUUUUAUUAAAAGUAUAAAAUGUAGAAUAAACACCUAAAAAAACCAAAUUUUAAAAAAGAAAAGUACUACUUUGACAAAUCAUUUUAUAGCACCUAAGCAAUCCAAGUUAUCAAGCUUUAGUACAAAAUAUGAUAUAAACGUGAACAAACUCAUAAUGGUUUCUAGUUUAAGAAACUUAUUCCAAUAAAUAAACUUAAGUUAUGAACUAUAAAUAAAUAUAAAUACAAUUCUCUCAUACAGAAAAAAUAAAAUAAAAAUAAAAAUGAAUGCAGCAAUAAUCUUCAUAAACUUAAGUUUAUUUACUGGAAUAAGUAACUCAAGUUUAAAUUUCAUAUAAUAAAACUGAAUGCAGCAAUAAUCUUCAAAAAAUGUAAAUGUAAAUGCAUAUAAUUAAAUUUUAAUAGCCAUAUCAACCGCAAUUAAGUUAUCUUCCAACUAAAAUGUAAAUUUAUCUGUUUGAUGCUAAGUGAGUAAUUGAGAAAAAUUACAUACAUUAUCUUCUGUUUUUUUUUUCCUUUUUUCCUUAUUUUUAUUUUUAUUUUUAUUGGUGAUGCUUUCAGUUGUUUCACAAAAUGUAUAUAGCAUGUCCGUAUUGAGAGCUUUUUUUGUAACACAUUGAUAUCAUUAAUUGACAA